AUGGUAAAAUUGAUUCCAUUUUGUUUGUUGGUGUCCUGGUUCCAAUUGUAUUAUGUAGUUCUUCGUUCAACAAUUGAUGAUGAAUAUGCAAAUGCAGUUGAUAGAGAUCCUAAGAUUUUACUUACCACAUCGCGCAAUCCCAAUGCCCCUCUUACACAGUUUGUAAAGGAAUUGAAGUUUAUCUUCCCUAAUGCACAACGAAUGAAUCCUGGUGCUCAGAGUCUCGACGAUGCUGCCAGCGUGGAUGCUGUAAUGACUACCAGCAUCGCCUCGACAUUUUUCUCGCAGUGGUGGAUCUGGGGUGUGGUGUAA